AUGGUUGACUCGACAGGGGUCCGUGUGGCCAUCCGGUAGGUUCUUUUCUAUAAAAUUUUCAAAUACAGUUUCACUACAACCUUCCAAACAUAAGUUUUCCGUAAUAUUUUAGUGUUCGACCACAAAAUGGACGAGAAACCGCGGCUGGCUACCAAAUUUGCACGAUGGUUUCCAUGACCGAUCCUCAGAUAUUCAUGGGAAACGACAAAUCUUUUACCUAUGAUUUUGUUUUUGACCGCAAUUCAACGCAAGAACAAGUUUACCAAGCAUGCAUUCGAGAUCUAGUUGAAGGAGUUUUCAAAGGCUAUAAUGCAACUAUUUUAGCCUACGGACAGGUAUGGAUUCAGUGUUGUGUUAUGCUUUUAGAUUUAUUUGUGGAUUUUAUGAAUAUUUGCAGACUGGAAGCGGGAAAACUCAUACGAUGGGAACCGCAUUUGAUGCUGUUUCUGCCUCGGUCGAUUCUGAGCAUGCUGGAGUUAUUCCUCGAGCGGCUCAACAACUGUUCGAUGGAAUGGAAAGCCGGAGGAAGCAUGCUACCGAAGCUGGCGAUCCUGAACCAACGUUUACAAUAAGAGUCCAGUUUAUUGAGGUGAGUUGGAUGAUGAUUUAUUUGUUUAGGUUUCAAUCAUAUUCCUUUAACAUCAAGUUUUUUAGCUUUACAAUGAGGAUUUAAUUGAUCUCUUAUCGCCGGAUCGCCAUUCCGGAGUUAAGAUUCAUGAAGAUCGAGAUUCUGGGCAAAUCGUUCUCCAAAACGCGACCACCAUGCAAACCAAUACUCCUAUAGGGAUCCUGGAGAUCCUUCGGAAUGGCGCCCUCAAUCGAAAAGUUGCAUCAACGAAUAUGAAUAAAGAAUCGUCGAGGUCGCACGCUAUUUUUAGCGUUCACAUUCAACAAGAUUGUCUUGAAGUAAGUUAGCUACGGUUUUUAGUUUAUUACUUGGCUUCUAGACGAUUCAUACAGAAAAUGGCGAAGAAAAAUUGGCUAGUGUGAUUUCUGCGAAAUUGCAUUUUGUCGAUUUGGCUGGAUCAGAACGUUUGAAAAGAACGGGAGCUACAGGAGAACGAGCGAAAGAAGGAAUCUGCAUUAAUUGCGGUUUGGUAAGUCAUUUAGGGUUUGUUUGUCUGUUUUCUAGACAACAAUCAUCUAUUUCGAAUGUUUCAGCUGGCUCUUGGUAAUGUGAUCAACGCUUUGACCGAUCCGAAGAAAGGCCAUGUUCCUUACCGUGAUUCCAAACUGACCCGACUUCUCCAAGAUUCUCUCGGUGGAAACUCAAGGACACUUAUGAUUGCAUGCGCAUCCCCUAACGAUGUGGACUUUGCUGAGACGUUAAACACUUUGAAUUACGCCUCUCGAACGAAAGCGAUCAAGAAUAAGGUCGUUGCCAAUAAAGAUCAUGGCUCAGCUAUGGUUGGUCAAUUGCGGGCCAAGAUCAUCGCUCUCGAGAACGAACUGAAUGAGUAUAGAUCUGUAAGUCUGCUUUCUAAACAGUUUUUUUCCUUUGUUAGCAGAAAAUAUUCAACUUUCUUUUAGGGGAAACGUGUUGCUGGUGGAGACGCCGAUGACAACGGGAUCUCCGAUCAAUACUAUGAGAAUGUCCAUCUACAGGCAGAGCUGCAACGAGUGACUGUCCGCGCACAAGCUCUUCAGGAGUCCAAUAACGCCCUAACUGAGCGGGUCACUCGAAUGAAGGAGCAGAUGGAGAAGGAAAAGUUGAUGAAGCUGGUACCAACAGUUAACGACGACGGCACCAUCAAUGAACACGAACAAAACAACUUUGAAGCUACGUUGUCCACAAUUAUCGAGACCUAUGUUUCCGAAAUUGAGCAGCUGAAGUCAAGACUUGGUGAAGAAAUGAGUGAGAAAGAUGAGUACAGAAAGAAAUUGGAGAACUUGAAACGCCGAGUAAUGGACGGAGAGAUCCAUCAUACAUCUAUCGACUCUAUCCCGAUGAGUCCCAUGAUCGAGAAUCAAUUGAUUACGUCGGCCAGAAAGGAGAUUGAAGAUCAAAAGAAAUUACUUGAAAGUGAGGCAUUAUUUUACAUUUUUGUGUUAUACAUAUAUUUUUUUUCAUUUUCAGUAUACAAAGAAAGAGCAGAGAAGGAAGGAGUUCCAUUUGAGAAUUCGGAAAUGGACGACGAACCCAUGGAUUACGAUCGUGAGUCGACCCCUGAAGAAGGAACUUCCGAAGUCGAUGAGCUUGAUGAGGAGGCCAUUGAAAGUCGCGGAAAUCACGCCAAGCUUUGUCUGGAAGUGGCCGACCUUCAAAAUGAAAUUGGAACAAAGGAAAAGCUGAUCAAGGAGCUUGAACUGGCUGAAAGACGACUUGCCCAGGUCAGAAAGGACUACGAGAGGAAGUUGAAUGAACUUUCGGACAGGAUCGCGGCAACAGAAGCGGAAAGAGACAAGAUUUUAAUGGAUAUCUCGAAGAAACCGGCAAACAAAGCCUCAGAGGCCAAGGUUGCGGAGGUCAAGAAGGAUUAUGAAAUGAGAUUGAACAGUAUGAAGGGAGAGUUUAGCAAGUUGAAGAUGGCUCAACGAGAACAUGAACGACUACGGCAAAGACAACUGCAACAGCAACGGGAUCUGGAAAGAACAAAGAACGAACUCCAAGAAAUGAAGAGAAGUAAGGUGAAGUUGGUCCAACAAAUGAGAGAGGAAGCGAAGAGAGUGAAGAAGGCCGAAGCAGAGGCUGCAAAGAAGAUCGCAGCAAUGGAGAAGGCCAACAGAGUUAAGGAAAAUAAAUUGAGAAACUUGGAGGUCAAGGAUCGCCAACGGGAAGAAUUCAUGAGAAGAAAGAUGGAACAACUCAACACUCUGACCUCAAAACAAAGAACGCCGUUGUCGUCCAACAUGAACAGACAGCGUUAUGGCCUCUUGUCCAAAAAACCCUUCUCUCCCAGCGUGGCCAAGAACAAGUGGCGGCAAUUGGAAUCCAAAAUUAAUUCGGCGGUCUCCGAACAUGCUGGAUUGGUAAAACUGGAUGGCCAGCAUACUAGGCUGCUUGUAGAAAAGGGAAAUAAAGAGAACAUACUCAAAGACUUAGUAAGGAAAACAUUUUAAAAGCGGUGUUUGAAUUUUAGAAAUUAAUAUGUUGCGUAAAAAUAAUUAAUUUGUUUCAGAGCAACAAAUUUGUCAAAGCUCGGACUAUUGAAGAGAGAGAGUCCAUCCAGGAACAAAUGAACAUUGAAGAAGACCACCUGAACUAUAUUAAUGAACAGAUCAAAGAUGUACGGGCAGCCAUGGUCGAUCUAGAAGGGGUAGAUAAAGAAAACGGUUCCAACUGCCAAGGAGACUUGAGAACGGUUAUAAACCAAUGCGAGAAUCUUCUUGAGGCUAGGUUCUUGUUGGAUGAAAUGGCGACAUUCGCUGUUGCAAGCGCUGCUGCAUGGGAGAAAUCAAAGGUUAAGAUCAGAGUAAGUAAAUUUAUUUUUCUUUAAAAGUUUGGACGAAGCUCUAAAUUAGAUUUUAACUUAUUGCAGGAGAUGGAAGCCAAGCUUGCCGAGAUGGAGGAUGGUAAAAUGGAGAGUGACAGAUUGGUUAACAAUCUUAUUUUGUCUCAAACUCGACAUCCUGAAGACCUGGAAAGAGACCUCUCCGAUUUCAAUGACACCCCAAAACGCACUUCGGGUAUGUUACUAAUUGUCUUUUUGUCCACAUAAGAAAGUUUUGAAUUUAGUUUUUAUUUUGUUUUGGUUGAUUACGUUUCAUGUUUUCUCAAUGUUGUUUAGUUGUCCGCCAAUCCCUGAAGGCUCGACGACGAACACAAACAACGGACGAACUGUUGUACGCGGAUAGGACGCUUAAAAUGGAUCAGACCGUGUGCUUGGGCCAAGGUAUUGUUUAGUGCGUCUUGUUGUCUCAUGUCACACCCAAUGUCUCAUUCUCCCUGCUUUGUCUACAAUUAUGUUGAUAUUAAUUUUGUUGCGUAAACUUUUUGUACAUUGUCGUUGUUCUUUUGCUUGCUUUUUUUCGAUUCUCAGUAUUGUCACAUCUCCGAUUAACUGUUGUUCAACUCGUUGUAGGUGGUUUGCAAACGACGAUAAUAAGAGAAGAGCCCGAUGAACGAUCCUCGCCGGAGUCCGUCACAGACAACGGAGACAUUGCUUAUGCGCAAAGCACGAGCAAAAUUCAGAACGUUGGUGUCCUCGCCGGUCACACAAGAACCGUGGUCUCCGUGGAUUUGUGCUCCACGCAUGGAGUAUCAGCGGGGAAAGGUGAGAAAACUUUGAUUGUUUUGUUUUGCCGAAAUAUGUGAUGGGUUAGUUUAUGACUAUUCGGAUUUCAGAUCGAAAGUUCUUCUAUUGGGACAUUGAGACGGCGAAGGCCAUCCUCACGAUGAACGAUUUCCCCAAGCCGAUGGGCGGCUGCAGAUUCAUGCCUUGUAAUUCGAGCCUCGUCUUGUGCGCUGCGUCGUUUACUAUCCAGGUAUGGGAUGUGAGAAGCAAUGUGAUCGCGUCGUAUAUGAAUUCGUCCGGCAUCGAUGGGAAAGGUGGCUUCACAAUCCCCGGAAAGCCACCAAGAGGAGAAUCGUUUAUUACGCCUCUUGGAAUCAGCGAAUGUGGAAAUUAUAUGGCCACUACGUUCCAUUCUGGCGCCAGAAUAUGGGAUUUAAGGACGCAACGAUGUAUUAGCUUGUACAAUGAGAUCAAUAAGGAGUAAGUGCAGUAGUCUGUCGAUUUAUAACUUAACUUUCAGUCGUUACGUUUCGGACAUGCUUCCAUUUGUAAGUGAGAACUACUCGUAUCUCUUGGUUGGCGACACGGAAGGCAACAUCAUCUCCAAUGUUUUGGAUGCGGACUUGAAGAAGAAACAAUAUGAACCCAUUGAUCUUCAUCCACAGAUGCAUGGCCGUGUUGUGAAAAUGGUGACGAGCCAAAGUCAACUCUACGCGAUCUCUAAACAUGGAGUAUGUUUGGUUUAAAUUUUACAUUGAUUCUUUAAAUGUAGAGUCAUUUCUCUUUGUUUUUAGGACUUUUGGAGUUUCCAUCUCGGGGAUCUCACCCGCGAUCGGGUAUGCCCUUCAGCACAUGACGAUGUAAAUGUCGGCGAUAUGUGCCUUAUCAAGAAUCACAGCCACAACGGAGAGCUUCUGGCCACAGCCGACUACUCUGGCGGAAUUAGGAUAUGGUCGACAGAGAACACAUCCUCCUUCAAACUGCUCGACGAACAUGUUGGCGCUCACAACGCCACCAUCAACGAGAUAGCCAGCUCGGACCGGGGAAUUCUUGCAACUGCAGCCGAUGAGACCGUCAAAUUGUGGAGGCCAGAAUUAUGA